AUGGUAAUUUUACAAGCAGAGUUGACUUAGGAUAUCUCUCUUGAAGACGGACAGAACUAUCAGCUGUAUAUACCCUACGGAGAAAUUCGAGCAUUCAAGUACACUAUUCCCGCUAGACUACAUGAAGGCUAAUCAAUCCUUGUUAGAGCUGCCUCAAUGAGACAACUCCCGAAGGACUUCAACUUGCUAGUUUAACCUAUGGAUCCAUAGUAUAGGAGUGAGGCAUUCCAACUGAAGGGCCGGGAAGUCUGGAAGCGCGGCUAAGUUGUGAUGAUAAUGCUGGGAGAUAGUUAGGGAUAUUGUGCUGGAUGUGAGGUGCAGGUGGUGAUUGAGUCUGGCGAGUCUGCCUACUUCUAAGUAUCGGCAGAGACCGAGGAGGAAGUAGCGGAAGUACAUGAGAAUAUGAUUCGGAAUGACCUGGUGUUUGAAAACAAGACUAAGUGUUUCCUCUACUUUGUGAGGUCAGACUUGACUGAUUUGAUGAUCAAAAUUGCUACAUUCCAAGGAAGAGUUAACUUGUUUGUAUCUUCGUACAAUGACAAUAGCUAAAAAACUACUCUCAAAAUUUCAAGAUUCAAUCUUACUUAAGUUAUCUCUAAUAUUACUCCUGAUUAAAGAAAACAAAGGCUUUUGAAUCCCUAAGGAUAUUACCAAGUUUGUCUGGAGAAGAAUGGAUUCUAAGAAGAGUUUUAAUUACUAUCAAAGAGUUACAAUCUUCAUAUUUAUGAAAUGUCUCAAUGGAUAAACCUUUAUUAAAAUUAUAAAAUUGAGGUUAAACUUCUGCCAAUUACAGAAGGAGCUAAAAAUAUUGAAAUUGGUUUGAAGUUCUGCUAUAACAAACUUGAGAAAAUUUGUUUAGCCAAUAUAGAAUCUUAACUUGAAAUUUUUCAACCUGAUGAAUUAGGUUUUAAAUUAGAAUAGCUUUCAGGCUAGUUAUUAAAGUCUGAGAUAUAAUACUAGAAUGGUACUUGCUAAAUAUCUUAAUUAGGAGAAAGCUGCUUUUAUCUAAUUUUGAUAAGAAACAAUUAGAAUCAAUCAAUACGAUACCAAAUAGAAGUCAAUACCUUCUAGCAAUCAUAUAUUAAUCUAUAUGAAGAAACAUUAGCACAAGGUGAAGUAGAUCUAUAUAGUUAUCAAUAUUAUUUGUUCAGAAUUUAUGAUAUAAAUAACGAUAUAGAAGCUAUUGAAAUCAAACUAGAUAAAAUGCACGGAGAGUCUACUUUAAUCGUUUCGCUUGAUGAAGCUUUCCCAAAAAUUGGUUCUAAUAAUUCUUUUUCGUUGAAUAUCUCUGAUAAUUAAAGUGACAUACUUGAAAUAAGGAGAGACAAUUAAUCUAAAGGGUAGAAUGCAUAUUACUUUAUAAUGACAAUACCAAAUGAAUGGGCAAUGCUUAAAGAGAUAUAAGAUGAUGGCACGAUGAUAUAUAAAAAAGAAGAUAUCAAUUUUAAAAUUGAAUGGAGGCUAGAGGAAUACGAUUAUCACUUAAAUUAAAACCAACUUAUCAAUCUAGAACAAAAGUAUGAUAAAUUAGUAGGAUUCAAGCAUUACUUAUUGAAAAAGAACUAAGAUAUUUAGAUUUAAAUUUAGUCUUAGCAUUUAUCAGACCUUGGUAUGUUGGUUAAGAUUCAAUCUAUCCCAUAAUCCUAUAUGUAUGACUUUGAUCUUAAUGAUGCUUUAAUUGUGGAUAAUUUAGCGAUCUUGACAGUUCCAAGUUCAUUUUUCAGCCAAGUUUAUGAAACAUGUGCAGAUCUAAGCUAUUCUUCAAAUUAAGCCUGUUAUCUUUAUAUUUCAAUAUACGUUCAAAAUGGUCCAGAAUGCUUAUAUAGCAUUUAACUAAAUUACUUGAGUAAAUAAAUUCAAGAAGUUAAACCUGGAUUACUUACGAUUCACUAGAUAAAGCCUAAUUAAGUCUCAUUUUACUAUAUGAGAAUCCCCAAGUCAAUGAAGGGACCAAUUAUGAUUUAAGUUAAGAAGUUGGAUGGCCCUCUUUUUCUAAAGUUGAGCAAAUCAAAACUACCCGUUGGAGAUUACUCUACUCUAACUGAAUCAACUUACUCUUUAAUGAUUUAAUCUAGCAUAGUUGAACUAACUAAUAAAGGAGCAACUUUACCUCUACAAUCUGGUCAGUUUACUUACCUAGUUUAUCUUGAUCAAAUGUAGACAUCCAAGAUUAGACUCAAUGUAGAAUCUUAGAACUCUUCCCUCAUUGAAAUAUAUGCUAAUAAGGGAUUACUUUAACCCUCCAGGACUGACUUUGAUUUUAGGAAAGAAUUUGAUUAAUAAAAUUUCUUAGAAAUAAGUAUUAGUUCACCCUAUUUUUAAGAGAACAAUCUUACUUAGAUGUAAAACAUAACUUCUCUCUCAUCAGAGGAGGAAUCUUAAAUAGUGAUUUUAAAAUAAGAUAGAAACUAUUGCAUUAAUUGCAUAAUAUUCUUGCUAGUUUGCACUUAUGAACAAAAAACUUAAUUCUAAAUAAAAAUUAGUAAUCUCGAAAAUGCUCAAAAAUAAUUAUAUUUCCUAAGUAUUGGAGAAAUAAGAAGAAUUGAGCUAUAAGGUAAAGAAACUAAGAAAAUUAAUGUAUUUAUAAUUGAAAACAUUGAUCCUAUAUCAAUUACAACCACAAUUUUAUCUGGAUCUAUUAAUCUUUACAUUUCUUUGACACCAGACAUCAACAAUGCUAAUUAUGUUUACUCAAAUCCAAAUAUUGUCAAAUUCAACCAGAGUCAAUUUAUUACAGGAAAGCUAUACUAUCUAAUUGUUUAAUCUAAUAGCGAAUACUCAUAACUUACAAUUUAGAUGACUUAAAAUAUAAAAAUUACCAGUCUUUAAUAAAAUCUUCCAUAGGUUGUGAAUUUCAGUAGCUUUAAUGACAAUAAAAAAUUAUUCACGUACAAAUUACCAUCUGGAAAUGCUUAAAUACAGAUCAAUAUAAAGACGAGAACAAAAGGAUUUUAUCCUACUAUAUAUUACUCUAUUGUAAAUCAAAGUAUCACCUAGAAGGGAAUAUUCCCUCCAGAUGAAUAACUAGAUAACAGCAAGCUGACAAUUAAGGAUUGGGACAAAAAUAUCUAUCAGCUAGAUAUCUCUUUCGAGCUGGAAAAUUCUUUGCCAAAUCAGAUUUUAGCAAUGUCUGUCAUUUACUAUAAUGAAAAUUUGACAUAUCCAGAUGAAAAAACAGAUCUGAAGCUAAUUGAGAAUCUAAGAAGUGAUGCUUAGAUUAUAAUUACUAUUUCUGAUUCAAGUAUUCAUAAAAUAUUGCCAUCUACAGAAUAUACUUUUGCUUUCAAAGAUUUAAAACCAUUGAUUUUCAAAGUCUCAUUUUCUACUAACUCAACAUUAAUAAUAAAACUUUCAGACUGCAAAGGACAGUCGUAAUUUUCAUUGAUAAAGAAUUUGCAAGAUCUUAAUACUAAGAGAAUCAACUUAACGAUUACUGAGGAGUACGGUUAUAAAGUUGCAGUUAUCAGCAAUUUAACAAGAGAGUACUUUAUUGUUGUUGAGCCAUUCCAAGUCCUCGAUAGGUCUCAAAAACUAGAAACUGAGUUUAUGAUAUUUUAUGAAGUCACUGAAUCAUAACAAAAAAUGAAAGAAAUCUAAAGCAAUUACAUUGCAGAAAACUUUGGAUAAAUAUAAUAUGAGCAGCAGAAAGAUUCAUAAGGAUCAAUAAAACUAAGCUGGGGUGAUCUUUACACUAAGCAAGUUGGAUAAGAUUCACAAAGAAUCAAUGGAGUUAAAUAUAAACUUAUCAAGACUAAUGACUUAUCAGUACAGCUAGGGCAUAUUUGUGCUGUUAAGCAUUUAAAAGAGUUUAAGAUACUCAUAGACGAAAGCGAGGGAGUUAAUACAUUUAUAGAUGAAGAAUUAUCUGAUGAAACUGUACAAUAUAACGUAUUUGCUAUGCUUGAUGAAUAAUCAAUAUCAUUUCCAUAUAAGCCUAUCCUUGUAAAGAAGUAGGAUUUUGCUAUCUAGGAUUAAUCCCAAUUUUUAGUCCUAGCUAUUUGCAUAGUAUUGCUUUUAUUAGUCACAGCUAUUGCAAUUGCGAUUUAUUUUUACUUUAUUACAAAAAUACUCAAGAAUAGACUUAGCUCCAAAUAUGAAACUAAACAGUUACCAUAGCAAACUGAAAUUACUAAUCCAAAUAACAAUACUCAUUUGGGAGAAAUUUCUAGUGAUGUUAUUUUUCCUGAUGUUGCAAACUUGAAUUUGAACUUUGAUUAGUAGCCAGGAGAAAUUAAAGCCUUCAGAAAAAUAAAGGAGGAUGAAAAUAUUGAAUUUGAAUGA